AUGCCUCAGAAGAAGAUCCGCUGCACCUUCAAGGAGUGCAAAGACGCAGCCCAGCGCAUUGUCGGCGACUGCGGUUUCUGCAACGGCCAUUUCUGCGGCAAGCACCGCCUCCUCGAAGACCACAAGUGCUCCGGUUUGGAAGACUGCAAGAAGCAGUCACACGAGCGCAACGCCGCCCAGCUCGAGUCUGAGCGCACGCAGGUCAUCCGUGGAGUAUAG